GUCAGUGGAAUUUUCUUUGAUUUUUGAUCUUUUCACCUGUAAAUCUGCACUACCAUCCCCAGCCCGCGGCUUCCCGGUUCUUUCAACAGUACGGGAAUUUUCUGUAGUACCUAGCCAGUCUUGUAAUACGCGGCAGAAACCCUAGUUCCACGAAUUGAUCAGCCAAAUUCGACGUUGCGACGUCGUGGUAUCCUGUCGCAGCGCCGCCCGCCCGGCGAUGGAGACGCAAACCCCCGUGAUCACCUCCAUCAGUCUGCCCCCCGCCCCCGCCUCCCUCUCCGCCUACGACGCCGGGCCGGGCCGGCGGGUGACCGGACCCCCUCUGGAGACCCUCUGGGAGGUGUCCCCCCAGCAGCGCUGGCGGUUGGGGCUCCUACAAUCCGCCCAGGACCCCGCGCGCCAACUGUACCUCGAUGAAUCCAUCGUCAUCUUGUCCGACUCCAUCCCCAAGUCCCGCCAUCAUUAUUUAGUCCUUCCCCUGGAGCCCAUCGACACCGUCCAGGAUUUGACGGUGGAACAUGUACCGUUGUUGCGGCAUAUGAUCCGGCAGGCGCAGUGCUUUGCGGAUGAACAUAUUCGGCCGAAAACGCAUUAUCCGCUGGUGCUGGGGUUCCAUACGAUCCCGACGUUUAUUCGCCUGCAUAUGCAUAUUAUUACCGUGGAUUUUCAGGGACCGGGCACGGUUGUGCCGGCCGAUUACCGCUCCUUCAGCCACAGCGCGCUGUUCAUGGAACCGGAGCGUGCCAUCGCCAUUCUAGAGGCGGAAGGGCAGAUCGUGGUGGACAAGGAGCAGGCCAAACUGGUGAAGACGGAUUUAACGGAGCAUCUGCAGUGCGUCUUCUGCCAGCAAGAAUUUCCGGCCAACAAGAUGGCCGAUCUGAAGAAGCAUCUCGCCGGCCACGAGGCCGACCUGCACGCCGCUGAGAAAGAGGAUGCCGAUGCCGGCUACGUCUGCCGAUUCCAGGCCGAUUAAAUUACAACUGCCGCGAAAAAUUCGCAGUCAACUCAUGAUGGAUUUUGAUGGGUACAGUGUUGCGCCGAUCUUGUAACAGUUAAUUUAAAUUGAUAAUUUAAAUUAAUCAGUUCAUUUUUAAAUUAUUCGUUGUAGCAGUUUCUUUUUAUUUAUUAUGGAUUAAUUAUUGGUGUAAUUAUGGAACAAAAACCCGUGGUUAGAACUGUCGAGAAAUUCCAGGAAAAUCGCUAAAGAAAAAUAAAAUGCCGGUUUCUUGUUUUAUUGCGCCAUUUAUCAGGCUGUUACAAAUAAAAGGCCGUCGCCAA